AUGUCUGAAGAGACACGAUAUAUCAGCAAGCCUGUUACUACUCUGGCAGAACUAAUCGAUUGGAGUUUCCCAGUCUCAUCAAUUCUUACAUUACCCUUGUGUCAUUGUGAUGGUGUCUGGGACGACAAUGGGUAUCAUAGUAAUUCGUCGGAAUUACCAAAAGUUAUCUAUUGUCAUGAUAUGGCUGGCGGUUAUCUUGCCUCUGAUCGUACGGAUGACUUUACUCAUGUUUUCCCGGCAUUUCGUUUCAUACAUUGGCAUCUAAUUGAUAUAUUUAUAUACUUUAGUCAUCAAUUUAUUACGAUCCCACCAAUUUCAUGGAUUAAUCUUGCUCACAGACAGGGAGUUAGCGUAUACGGGACUGUGAUUUUAGAAUCUACUAAGUGUGAUGGAUUUCAAAGCGUCUUCGUUAAUCCCACAGAAGAGCAUCAUACUGCUACUGCUGAUGCUACUAUUACUGAUAAAACAAGAAUAAGUAGUUAUAAAGAUUUCGCUGCACGAUUGGACUAUAUUAGACGUGUUGUUGGUUUCGAAGGCUGGUUUAUAAAUUUUGAAAUAAACUUACCCAAGGAUAAAGUGUCUUUAGUACGUGGUCGAAUUAUAAAAUUCCUACGAUUGCUUAAAAGUCUUGGCUCCGAAGUUAUCUGGUAUGAUGCAGUCACUUGGUCCGGUCGCCUGGAAUUUCAGAAUGAAUUAACCCGUGAAAAUCUGCCAUAUAUGAAAGCUGCUGGGGAUGGUUUGUUUCUUAAUUACAACUGGGGGCGUCAUAAAUUACAAAGAACACAAGAACUUGCUAUUAAUGCAGCGAUGUCAACCAAAGUCUACGUUGGUAUUGAUUGUUUUGGUCGUGGAUGCAUUGGCGGAGGAGGUUUCGGUACAGUUGAAGCUCUCAAACUUAUCUUAGACGUAAAUGCUUCACAACCUGACCGCCCUUUGUCGAUUGCUUUAUUUGCGCCUGGUUGGGUAUUUGAAAACUGUGAUUUAACUAGCGCGGCGGGUGACCCCACUAAAGCUUUCAACUGUUUAGCUGAAAAUGAUGCAAAAUUUUGGUCGUUACUGGCACCGUAUAUCGCUUCUCUACGUGGUCGUGGUAAUCUUAACAACAGUUGUACUAUGCUGUAUCGGCCUACACUUCCACAUCUACCAGUGCUUCAAUCUCCUUGUGAUUUAUGUGAUAAAUAUGGAUCGGAGAUAUUAUUCUGUACAACAUGUUGUUCUGGGCAGGGAUUAUUACCCUCAUCAGCGAAUUCAUGUGCAGUUACAGAUGGUGAUAAUAGUGCAGUUAUUUUCAAGAAAGGAAGUCAAAUGAGCCGACAGCAAAUAUUUCCAACUUGUCGUGAGCUGAACAACACAUUGUCGACUAAGGAUAAUUGUUUAUUGAAUCCAACUUUCACUGCAGUACAAGUACUAUGUGCAGGUUAUGCAGAUUUCACUGGAACAUGUUUAUGCAUAAAAUUUCAAAGUAUCAAUCUAUCCGAUCGAAAUGUUAUCGAAAAAAGUGAUCCGUUAACAAAAUCUUCACUUAUGGAAUUAUUUUUAUUCAAUAAGAAUGUGUAUAUUUCUAAGAAUGCCCAAUUCACAAUAGCUGUUCGCGGUUUCUAUACAUCUUCAGAUGGAGUUUCUGCAUCACAUAAUCAACAGCAUGAACAGCAAAACCAACGGUUAGAUGAAUUAAUAGAUUUGAAAUUGUUUGUUGAUGCGUUUCAUUGUCAGUCGUGUCAGUCAGUAGGCAAUCAUAAUAUUAAUGGUGAUAAUCAAAGUCAGAAUGGUCAGGUGAAUUUCAAGCGUUCAUUUCUAAAAGCUGAUGAAGCCAAAGUUGAAUUCAUCAAUAAUGUCCCUUGGAUAUUACUUCAUUAUAAGACUUCUAGUCUUGCAAUGGAUAAUGCAAAUGAUGUGAGGAGUAAUAGUGACAGUGCGAAGACGUCCGUUAAACAGCCGAAUAUAUCUCCAAUGUCAUCACAAUCUGCGCCUGAUAAGGCUUUCACAACAUUUGAUACUAGUAAUGAAAAUCCAGAAGUGUCACUGUCAGUGGCUUCUCCAUCACACUAUCUCCACUUGCAUCGUAUCGGUUUAACAUGGAGUUCUACUUUAAUUCGACAUUUUCUGAACUCUUCAUCGUACCUCCAACUUACAAGUAUAUGUAAAACACCGAUACUUCGUCAUAGUCAUCCUGCAGAUGUCAUUUCAAUAAUUCAGUCAUGUCAUCAUCCUUAUUCUUCUUCCCAUUCAUCGAAUUCUACUGAUGAUAAUCAACUCUCUGAUGGGAAUUACGGUAAAGCUGCUACUAGACUUCGUUUUCCUGUACUACCGAAACCUUAUAAAUUAAGACGGGCUGAAGGGGUUGGUGGUGGGCUAACUGGUCGUAUUAUGUUACUUCGACGAUAUGUAUCAAAAUUGCUGGAUGAUGAACGAAUUGAAUUACCGUGGUCACAUGCUGUUGAAACACGUCUAUACACAGAACGUUUAAUACAAGAAUGCAUACUAGCUUCAACACAAGAACAACAUAAAGGUGAUCUUGUCCGAUUGUUUGAAAUGUGGAAAAAUUCGCCGGAGAAAGAGACGACAGAAGACCAACAACAUGAAAUUAAUCAUGUGAAUACGGGAAUUUUAGAGUUGUGUGCGUUUUGGUUAAGUGAAGAAAGACUAAUUGAAAAGUUAUUCAAGGUAUUUAUACCGAGAUAUCGAUUUUAUGAACAUGCUUACACAAGCCUAUAUCGUAUACACUCACCAGUGUAUCCAGUGAAAUCAGGUGGUGGGAAUGUAUUUGGUAUAUUAGAACUACAUGGGAAUCCAUGGCCACCGGUAAGUGGUCAUGGCGUCUACGGAAGAGAUUUAAAUCCUGAACCAUAUAAAGAGAAGUAUUUAAUUAAUGUUCUGUUGAAUGCUGCACGUCAAAGAGCAGUCAUCAACAGUAGUGGUAAGAAAGACAAGCAAGAAAAUAGUCCUUCUGUUCAAAUGUUGUCAACCUCGUCAACACCGUUUGAGUAUGAAUUGAAACCUAUUGGUUAAAUGACUAGCUUCCUUAUGUACAAACAAACACACAAACAUGCAUGCACAUUCAUUUAUUACUUAAAUGGUUUGUCAUUGUACCACUUAUAAGCCUUUGUAAUGUAUGUAC